AUGGGUGCGUUGUACUUCCCUGAUGAGGCUCAGGGAAUAGCAGAAGCUGUUUCGUUCCCCUACCACAGAAGAAUGAUCUCUUCUCAUACUCCUACACGAAUAGUCUCGCCCGAGAAUCCCCAGCGGAUUACAUUAAUAAAGCGCCCCGAAAUCCCGCGUCUCCCGCAUCCGACGUCCACGUCCGUCGACGGUGGACCCCCAAUUGUUUCUUCAAUCGGUGCGGAGCUGGCGCGCUCCCAGCUACGUGGACCGCUUACCGAUCGGGCGAGGGCCGGCGUCCCGAUUUGGACGGCAACCAAAUUCGAAAAUGGAAGCCUGUCUCCAGCU